UGCAAACAUGGGAAACCAGAGAUAAUCCCACCGCUGCCAUCAACGUGGCGAACAUAUCAAAUUCGCUAUGAUAAAGUCAAGUUCUUAACAAAAGUCAUGUGUAGAAAAAUCCUCUGCCGCGAAAGUGGUGCUUUCUGUUAGGUUUAUCUCUAUAGCGUACUAUUUUAUCUUAAAGUUGUGGAGCAACAGUCCAGUGCUGUGAUGCACACACCGCAGGCUUUUCUCCCGGACUCGGCUUGGGUCUACCGAAUGUAGGCUAAGGAAAUUCAAUGGAAAUGUUCAGAUCAAAGCGUUGAAAAUGACCUAUUUCAUGCAAAUAUUUGUUUAUUUAUUUGAUGAGUAAAAAAUAUAGUUGAUUUCGUUCAUUUACAUGAGCAAUAUUUUGCUGUUUUUAGAACAGACUGUUCACCGUCGUCUCAUUUUCACUUCAGCGAUGCAACAUCUUCCUGUCAUUUUUCCACAACGCAACGCGAUUACGCGCGCAGCCAAGAGUGUAUAUCCCAUGUUCAUCUGCUUGGGUUUUCUGAGACUGCUCCGGUUGUAUACUUCUGCAAAGCUCAUCAACAUCAACAUCAUCUGCCACUUCAAACACAUCAAGCCAUAAGAGGAGGGAGCUUAGCUGCUUUUGGCAUUUCAAAAAGAGGCUGGUUAAAGAAACUGCAGUGUAAAAAAGUACCUUCAGGAUGACAGUGAGUUUCUUCUAAGUGAACUAGAUGACUCCACUGGACCUGUGCCCUGGAAACAUCACCAUUUGACCGAGGACUAUCAGAGUGACUGCUGACAUCAAAGUUUUAAUUGUUGUUUUAAAAAAGAAGAACAAAUGCUUGGGCAUCUCUGGUGGCCUGCUGGGUAGCAGUGGUCUUCUUGUACCGUAGUAGCAGCAGCUGAACCACGGUUGCCAUAGUGGAACAAUGGCACGGCCAGGCUCUGGGGUGCUGGUGUCGGUCAACGGGCUGGGGUACCCUCCUCAGAACCUGGCCCGGGUGGUGGUGUGGGAGUGGCUGAACGAACAUGGGCGCUGGCGGCCCUACAGCGCGGCAACGUGCCACCACAUAGAGAACGUACUGAAGGGGGACGUGCGGGGGACUGUGGUCCUUGGACAGGUGGAUGCCCAGCUGGCCUCUUACAUCAUCGACCUGCAGUCCAUGCACCAGUUUAGACAGGACACAGGCACCAUGAGGCCGGUCCACAGGAACUUCUAUGAGCCGUCGUCGGCCCCGGGGAAGGGUGUGGUGUGGGAGUGGGAGAAUGACAGCGGCUCCUGGACGCCCUACGACAUGGAGAUCUGUGUGACCAUCCAGAACGCCUAUGAGAAGCAGCACCCCUGGCUGGACCUGACCUCUCUGGGCUUCUGCUACCUCAUUGACUUCAACAGUAUGGUCCAGACCAACCGGCAGAGCCAGAGGAAACGCCGCCUGCGCCGACGCAUGGACCUGGCCUACCCUCUCAUCAUGGGCUCCAUCCCCAAGUCCCAGUCGUGGCCUGUGGGCGCCAGCUCCGGCCAACCCUGCUCCUGCCAGCAGUGCAUUCUAGUCAACAGCACGCGGGCCGCUUCCAACGCCAUCCUGGCCUCUCAGCGUCGUAAGCUGUACGGAGGGGCCGCAGGAGCUCCAGGGGCCACAGGCACGCUCAAUGUGGUACGGCAGAGUAACACUUUCACCGGGACCACACUCUGGUCCCCAACCUCCGGUGCCGGGAGCAACAACAUACAGCAUAACAACAUAAGUGCAGGAAGUGGCCAAGCUAAAGUUGAACAGGUGCAGUCGCCCCUGUCUAGUUCCAACUUCCCUUGUUCCCCGGCCCUGCCGUCCCUUCCGCUUGCACAUGGCCACUCCCACACCCAUGCACACUCCCACGGCCACCAUGUCAUCAUCAAUGGGCAGAACAACCUGAACCGGCCAGGAACCCAGCGCAUUUCCAUGGGCACUGCUAGAGGAGCCAUCCCACCAGGGGUCCCGGCCCUCCCUGUUAAGAACUUCACUGGCUCUGGACCAGUUCACCCAGCAAUUGCAGGUAUGACAGGUAUCCUGAUGUGUGCUGCUGGCCUGCCUGUGUGUCUGACCCGGGCCCCUAAACCCAUCCUGCACCCACCGCCCAUAAACAAGAGUGACAUGAAGCCUGUGCCCGGGGUCAAUGGCAUCCGCCGCAAGACCAAGAAGAAGCACCUCAGGAAAGGGAAAAGCCCAGAGGAUGUGGUGCGGAGAUACACGGAGAAAGUGAAGGUUGCCCCUGAUGAGGACUGCACCAUCUGCAUGGAGAGGCUGGUGACGUCAUCGGGCUACGAGGGCGUCCUGCAGCACAAGGGCAUAAAGCCAGAAAUGGUGGGCAAGCUUGGCAAGUGUGGGCACAUUUACCAUCUGCUGUGCCUGGUGGCCAUGUACAACAAUGGCACCAAGGAUGGCAGUCUGCAGUGCCCCACCUGUAAGGCUAUCUAUGGGGAGAAGACAGGCACACAGCCCCCUGGGAAGAUGGACUACCAUGUCAUCCCCCACUGCCUGCCCGGCUACCUGGAGGCCAAGACCAUCCGCAUCGUCUAUGACAUUCCUGCUGGCAUACAGGCCACAGAGCAUCCCAACCCAGGGAAGAAGUUCAGCGCUAGAGGCUUCCCACGGCACUGCUACCUCCCAGACAAUGACAAGGGCAGGAAGGUCCUAAAGCUUCUGAUCAUGGCGUGGGACCGCCGCCUCAUCUUUACCAUCGACACGUCCAGCACCACCGGCGAGUCAGACACGGUGGUGUGGAACGAGAUCCACCACAAGACAGAGUUUGGCUCCAACCUGACAGGGCACGGCUACCCAGACCCCAACUACCUGGACAACGUCCUGACAGAGCUGUCAGCCCAGGGGGUCGUGGAGGAGAACCUGAAGGACUGAGGGGGGAAGAGAGGCCACUGAGGACUACCACCCAUACUCCUCUCUGACAUAGAGUAGGCCUCUGCAUGAAGAGGCAACAAGAUAACUAUAUUUUACUCCCACACCCAAAACAGACCUAAAGACCCUCAGAUUCUGUAUGUGGCCAUGAGAGCGGAGGAAAUAUAGCAAAUGACAUGAUAACAUCACGAUUGUGUUAUACUGUUAUUUGCAUUUACCUAAACAUAACUGUAAUACUUUUCUGACUACUGUCUCUUUGUCAAUGCCUUGAGCAGGUGUAUGUUUGGCAAAAUUUCAACCUGAUAGGGUAAAGGAACGUAAAGACAGGAUUUGAAUGAAAACUGAUCUCAAUGUGUAUUGGUGGUUGUGGGGUUUAUACAUUGAUGAUCAACUGAUCAUUGAUUCCUCUGAAACUGGAUUUUGAACUUCCUCUUUUGUACUGAAGAAGAUUUAAGACUGUGACAUCGUAGCAUUGAAAGAGAUGUCUGUUUAUACUCACCACCAAACCAUGUGGCCCAGAAUUUGAUAUUGCAUUUUAAUGUUGACUGCACACCUGGGAUUUUUGCAGAGACAGUUGGCUCGGGCUCUGAAGGCUUCAGAUGUCUGUCCCGGUUUGUUCUAGUUUUAUCAGAUGUGUAUUUUUUAAUGAGUAGGGAAGUGAUUUCUCAAGUUGUAGUUGGUAUUUGUGUGGAAAUCUUCAGGAUCAUUUUUAUAUGCAGAAUUGUAAAAGCGUGAGUGCUUUCCCAGUCCAAUUCACACCAAAUCUACACAGUUCAGCUUGUUGUGAUAUGCUGAUGAGGUUGAUAGUGAGAGUCUUUUGAAAGUGAGGCCUUUUGCUUUAGUUUUAGCUUGGUGAUUUUCUGCAACAAAACUGUCUGUAGAUCUGAGUGGACAGUCACGGUGAUGUGAUUCUCAGGAAGGAGAGAGGGCAUCUCUGAUUGGCUACACAGGGCCGUUUCACAAAGGCUUGGCUCCACUGGCCUUUGAGCCUGUUGAAGGUUCACAUGCACCUUCUGACAGAGAGACAGUCAGUUGAUCUGAAGAUUCAGCUGUCUCACAGUAGAUGUAUAUUCUAACAGGGGUGCCAACCUGGGGAGGCCUUUGGAAGUUAACCUGAUAUAGAUCCAUACACAAGCAUCUUACCGAUCAGUUAGAUGAUUGUUCAAAAAAUGUAUGCUUCUGUAAGUUAAGAUCUGAGGCAGUCGAGCAAGCCUCGCUCCACUCCAAGGUUAACCUCAUUCGUUUUGUUGAAACACUGGUGACGUUGACCUCUGUGAAUAAGCCUGUCUUAGAGGAGGCGUUGGAAUGAUCUAUCACGCUCGCAUCACAUGUGCUUGCCUACUUGCGUGUGUGUUUGAAUGUGUGUUAGUGUGUGUGUGUGCUGUGGUGUUAAUACACUCUCUGGCUUUCUAAGGGCUUUAUUUAAUCCAUAUUGCGGUAGUUCAGCAUUACAGCGUGAUUUAAAUUUAAAGACAAUGUUCCCGCUUCAGCAGAGACUGCAUUCAUGGUAAACUCAAUCGGAAAUGACUUAUACAUUUCCAUGGCGCAAUCUGGAACGCCUCAGUCCUUGAACAGAGGAGCAGAACAUGCUUCGCAGAGAGCGAUGUCCUCUUCAAAGAAUGACUCUCUCCUCUGAUCCAUCAUAGAGUAGAGUAGGCACACACACACACACACACACACACACACACACACACACACACACACACACACACACACACACACACACACACACACACACACACACACACACACACACACACACACACACACACACACACUGUGAUGUACGAGCCUCUGGUGUUCCUCCUGUUGGGCUGGUUGCAUGAUAAGCCUCUGCUGCAGACAACACCUACCCCAUACUGUCUGAUUCCUCUGAAGGCUCUUAGGUCUGAUACUGAUGUACGGGCAGCAGCUGCGUUUCCCCUUCCCUCAGCAGCUAGAGGAGCUCAUUUUACAGUAGGAUCACUCAGAAUGUUGUUCUAUAAAGUACAGUAUGUGAAGCUGAUGUUGCAUUGGGAAUUUCCACUCCCUUUGCUCCCUCCUCUCUCCCUUCCCACAGAUUAUUUGCUCAUAAGCUAAAGAGUUCUUGAAGAUUUGAGUUAUUUUCCAAAAAGAAAAGUUAACCUUUAAGCUGAAUAAUUCUCUCCUCCAGUUGGAUCUGACCAAUUUGAAUGAGUGGGGAUGUUGGUAUAAUCUAGAAGAGAUUCAUGUUGAGGUUUUAUGGUGUCCCACCCACGUCACGGGUUUUGAUCCUUGAAAUGCUUUUGAAUAUCUUGGACUGAAUCAUAGUCUUCCGUAGCACUUUGAGGCAGCAGUUUUCUUUAAUUGAUCCUUUCAUUUUAGGAAGAUGUCUUGAAAUGUAUUCAAAUUCAGCAGUUUUUUACGUUUAUGUUUAUAAACUUGUCUUGUAUUGCUUCAAAAAUAUACGUAUAUAUAUAUAUAUAUAUAUCUAUACAUUUGCAGAUGUGAUCUACCUUUAAAUGUACAUGUAUGCUCAA